AUGGCCUCUCUCUCAUCUGAAAUAGCGGAUGCUGUAAGGACAGAGAUUGCAUCGAGCGCGACAAAUCCUCUUCCAAACUCCGUCAUCCAUGCCACAGCAGACCUCGACAUUUGUAUCCAGUCGAUCGAACAAAAGUCGACACGGAAUGCAGGGCCUUCGCAAAGCUUGACUCCGCUGUUGAACAGUACUACUGGUAACUCGGCCGACGAGGAUGUCGACUUCCAGAACAAGGCGCUGGCCAUGCAAGCAUGGUGGGGUGAAGCCAUCGCUAAGAAUAUGGACCUGCCAGAGGGCUACGCCAGAGUUGCAGUUCUUCUCAUCAGGUGGGCGGAUGAAUUAGACAAAGAGCUCAACACGGGUGAAGAGACUAGAGAACUGGAAGCUCUCUUUCGUGACCGCUUCCACUAUGAUACAAAGACUGUGGAACUGAAUGUUCGCCGCAAAGCCCAACACCAACUUGAUGCCCACGUGAGCGAGUUCAUUCGCGACAAUGACGGGCCGCACAAUCUGCUCAUUGUAUACUACACCGGCCACGGUCGAUACCCUGAGGCGGAGAAGUACUUGGAGCUCACAGCCACUCGAUCACCGUUGCCUGGCAAAUUCACCAUGGACGCAAGGGCAAAUUGGAAUAAAGUCGAAAACCUACUCCAGCAUGAGGAUGUCGAAGCUGAUGUCUUGACCAUCCUUGACACCUGCUACUCAAGCAACCAUGUCAAGUCCAGCAAGCAGUACAACAAGAAAUGCGAAUUGCUUAGCGCCUGUAUGUUGGACCAAACUACCUCAUCGCCAGGCGACUACUCCUUCACCCGAGCGCUAAUUGACGCCAUUGUGGGAAAAGAAGGACUCCUAGGGACAGGGGAGCGCCCCUUCUCCACAUUCAGUCUGAGCCAACGCAUCAACCUCAACAAACGCCGCCAUCGUCAACCCUGUGGCAUUUGGGACCGUGGCAAAACGGUCCAGCACAGUGAUCCCCAUAUUUACCUCGUCCCCCUCAAGCCUGGCAUAGUUCGUGACCUCCAGCAAGCCACAUGGCGCCCCCUUCCCAAAGCCUAUCUCACAUUACGCUUUGGCCUCCGAGACAAAACCAUGAAUGAAGAGCAAAUCGAAUUCAUCACCAUGACACUCGCCAAGAAAUUCAAUAGCAAAGCCAUGGUUGGCUUACGAAGAAUCGAUUGGGUCGGCAUCGAGCCCGCGCCACCAAUCACGCACUUCCAACGCGUGGCGCUGGUCAUGUCUGUAAUCAAGAAGUGGAGGAGAUUUCUCAAGAGGCCGAAAGAAGAGAAGGAACAGAAGAGAUUGUCACAGAGCACAGUGGACAAAAUUUCCAUGGCAGCCUGCACGAAGGAAAGCGAUGGUGAAGACUUGGGCGCGCCGCUGCGGUCACCAUUGAAACGUGCAAUGGAGAAGGAUAUGAGUGCAGAAAGUCCAAUGGACUCCAAGAGACGACAUCUUGACAUCGCAGAGCCGCCAUCGCCACCUGUGUCGACUUCGUCUCUUGUUGACCAUGAUCUCUUGUAG